AUGGCGCUCAGCUCCGGUGCGCAUGUGCACGAUGGCCGGCUGAUUUUCAGCUCUUGUGGGCCCACCGGAAGAACCGAGUUCCACUACAGGGUUACGGAGGGGGAAGACCACCUCCGCCCGCAGCUCCGCGGCCAAGUUUUACCCGCCUUGCCCUCCGCAGUCCGCCCGGGAUCUCAGCAGCCAAAAUUCCAGCCGGAUCUCGCAGCCGGGAGCAGCGCCUCAACCGCCCCUUUCGUGCCCAAUCUCAACACCAUCACCACCAGCCACAAUCUGCAGUGGAUGGUGCAGCCUUCACUCAUGGGCGCUUCUUCGGGACUCCCUCCUUUUCCCAGGCCCUAUCGCUGCCCGCACUACGCAGCUGGCAUCCGUCCUGGCGUCAUUCGCACCACGGGCCCUGGCCUAGUACCCCGGAGGCGUCACUCAGAACACCUCACCCCUGAAGAGGAAGAGCGACGGCGUCUACGGCGGGAACGGAACAAAUUGGCGGCCGCCAAAUGCCGCAACCGGCGGAAAGAGCUGACCGACACGUUGCAAGCGGAGACGGACCAGUUGGAAGCCGAGCAGUCGGGUCUCCGGAAGGAAAUUGCCGAAUUGCAAAAACAGAAGGACCGUUUGGAAUUAGUUCUGGAAGCCCACCGUCCCGUCUGCAAAAUCCUGGAAGAAUCAUCCGGAGAUGAGGAUGGAGGCUACCGCCGGCCAGCUGCCCCCUCCCAACCGCCGGAUAAAGAGGAGACUCCUCCGGGGCCCCAGCGUGGCUCUCGCCGGACGGCCCCGGUGCCCCCUAGCAUCACCCUGCCUCCCAGCGGCCUGCUGGAGCCCGAAUCCCUCCAUACUCCUACUCUCAUGUCAACCCCGUCUUUCACCCCCUUCACUCCUAGCCUGGUCUUCACCUACCCAGCGCCGGGGGACCCCGACGGGCCCUCGGGGUCCGGUUUUCCCUCGGAGCCCUGCUCCUCCGCCCACCGAAGAAGCAGCAGUGGGGACCACUCCUCGGAUUCCCUCAAUUCCCCAACUUUGCUGGCACUUUGAGGAAACGACUUCGGUUGGCCUAUCUCGAAUCUUGUCCCUGUUUUUUUGGGGGUGGUGGUGGUGUCAGAGGAUUAACCCUUCCUUCCUGGCACCUUUGGCUAUAACCCGAUUCCCUUUGGCCUCGCUUUUGUGACCAGCCAUAGUUACAGGACUCCCGCUUUCCCCCAUCCUGAUGCAGGCGUCAAGUUUCUAGUCCUUCAAGAGCAGCCAGGAGAUUCUUUUCUGUGAUCUGGAGAACCCGAAUUCCAAGCAGGGUUAUGAUCUUUCGCGAAACACUAAAAUAUCUCUCACGCACGCCUCUUGUCCUUUGCCCUCGUGUUUUAUAAGGGCCAAGUGGCUAGUCCUCAAGACUGACUUAACAAGUCUUUUUUUUUUUUCCUUUUCUUUUUCUUUUUUUUGACAUCCUCCUUUCUGGAAAACAAGCACGUUCAAGAAACAAAAAAAAAAAGGCACUGUUUUAAAGUCAUGUAUCGCUUUUUAUCUGCCGGAUUUUUGAAACCGAGACGAGAAAUUUAAGACAAAUAUAGAUUUAUUUUUCUACGAUGACCUACAGCCGCCGGGAUGACGUGGGACAUAUAUUGUCCAGAACUGAAGCUGGUUUGGAUGGAUAUACUAUAUAUUAUUAUAAAUAUACGAGUUUUCCUUUUUUUUUUUUUUCCCCUGAUGCCUCAUGAAAGUUACAUUACAAGGGAUGUUUUUGGACAAAGUUGUGCUGUUUUUGUGCCGUUUUUAGACGCUGCUGGUCGUUGGUCGCUUGUGCAAAAAAAGAGGAAUUGAUACAAAAAUACAUAUUGUCAUUUUUUGUGUCUUCAAACCUCAUAGGAAUUAAUUUGAGUUUAGUGGGACAUUUAAAUAUAAAUAAAGAACGGCAAGCACAGAAAAGCUGUACCAUGUGAGAUCGGCAAGGGGUAGAUUUAUCUAUUUGUAUUCUGUAAACUUUUGUAUUUUUCUUUUUUUUUAAACAUGUUGAAUAAUAAGCUUAAUAAGAAACCUGCAGGACUUCAGUGUUGGAAAUAUGUUGUUUUAGAUGGGUUGGGUAUUUUUCCCCCCCCUUCUUUUGGCUUACUUUUUCUUGAAAAUAAACCAAAUAUUGCUGCUAGACCUCAUGAACUCUGUUGGUUUGGCCAGGAAUACGAUCUUCAGCGUAGGACAAUGGUUGUUGACGAAGCUUGGAAAAUGAGCGGAAAGACGUAAAGAAUUGCGUCUAAUAAUGGUAGUUUUCAACUUACGACCGCAAUCUCCAUGGCUAAGCAAGGCAGCAGUUAAGUAAAUCACGGCCGAUUUUAAGAUCUGGUUGCUAAGUGAAUUGCUGCCGUUGCUAAAUGAAUCAUGCGGUCGUUGAGCAAAUCCAGCUUCCCUGUUGAUUUCGCCGGUGAGAAACCAGCUGGAAAAUGAAUUAAACUAUUAUUUGGACGAUUCGACACACGAGGAAUUGGACGACACUCCUAUGACUCUGGAAACGCUGCAGCCGUCAUAAAUACACGCCAAUUGCGCCAAGCUCCUGAAUUCAGAUCACGCGACUACGGGGACCUUGCCACGGUCAUUAAAUGCGAGAACCAGUCCACCGGUCCCUUUUUUUCCAGUGCCGUCGUAGCUUCAAAGAUUUGCUGAACGGGAUGGCUGCCAACCGAGGACUACCUGAUUAACCACAAAGUCCAAUUUUGCCUCUGCCGAUUUCGCCUAAAACCUCAUGAGGACUAGCUUCCCCUCAGAGCCGACUGCCAUAGAUUAGCAACACUUUUAAUGCCAAACCAGGCUAAGCAACUUUGGGUACUUCCGUAACCCGUUCCAGCCACACUUCCCAAAGCUGUAAAAGGAGAUUUCAAACUUACCUUGGACCGGAGAAGCAAAAAAAAAUAAAAAUAAAGUAUAUCUUUUUCCAAGGAAAAUCACAGCCGGGAACCAACGCCGUAAUAAUCCCAACUGAGUUGAAAACUUUUGUUUACAGCCGAGGUUAAGUUCCAGCGUUGCCGAAAAAUACGUUUCCCAUCUCUUUCACGCCUUUUUUUUUUCCUGUGUGUGUUGGCAGGCCUCCUCCUCCUUUUUUUUAAAAAAAAAAAAAUCUGUGCAAGCAACUUUGGGAGAAAAUGUUUAUUUGGAAAACUGGGACGAAUUAAAAACAAACACUAUUGCAGCAGGAGAGUUUGUGUGUUUUGUGUUUGUGUGUGAGCGUUUUUUAGCCCAGGGUGAUUUCAGCGAGAGGGUGGAUUUCUUGGGGGGGGCAGCCAAGGAAACAAAAGUAAAUUGAUGGAUAAAAGCCAAACAUUCCCCGAUUUUGGCCCU